GCUCUCCGUCGCCGACCCGCUCUUCCUCUUCCUCUGCGACUCUGCAGUGCAGCGCACCAACGUCGCUGCCGCGGCGGCAGCAGUUUACUACCGCGUGCCACGCCGUAUUAAACCGUCGGCGUCGCAGCGCAGCCCAGGGAGUGGGCACGGCCCUGUGCGCGGGAUGCUCUUUGCCCCCCGCGCCACGAGAUCAAUCCGCCCGGACCCUGCUCAUAUAAUGCUCAUGCGGCACCCUUCUGGACUGUUGCCAUGUAGCAGCUAGGUUGGUGGCGCUGGCAUGGCGGCAGCCCAACAAGGGAACAUGGAGCAGGCUGUGAACGGAGCGCAAGAACCGGGCAAGGUCGGCGGCGAGGCUCCCGAGGCGGCGUCGGCGCCCAAGGCCGCGGCGGCCGCCACCGCUCCUGCGCCACAUCACCGGCGAUCCAAGAGUGCUUCUUCGGGUAGGAACUUGGAGACUUGCAAGCAUGUCAGCGUGGAGCAACGCUUCAACCAAGCACAGAACCCGCCGGACCCGAGGAAGUCUUCUUGCUCAACGGAUGGUUCUUCGGUUCACCGGGCCCCGCCGAGGGAUCAACGGACGAGCGCGGCGACGGCCUCGCCGAGCCACCGCGUCUCGCUGGAGAAUGACGUCUCGCAGCUGCAGCUGCAUCUGCAUCAAGAGAGGUCCAUCCGGAUCAUGCUUGACCGGGCGAUCGGCCGGGCUUCCAGCACCCUGUCUCCUGGUCAUAGGCACUUUCCAGCUCAGACAAAAGAACUGAUAGCAGAGAUUGAAUUGCUCGAAGAGGAAAUCGCAAACCGCGAACAACACGUCCUCUCACUCUACAGAAGUAUAUUUGAUCAGUGCGUAUCUGGGCCAUCAUCGGGGCAGAGUUCUGGUAUUUCAUCCCCUGCUCAUGCCAAGAGCAUAAGUUCAAGGACGAGACGACGACAAUCGAGCAUAAUAUCAAGUGCAUUUUGCUCAUCUAAGAAGCUGCCUCUCCAACCUUUCCAUAUCAUGACAUCAGUGUCGGAGUCGGGUAGAACCAAGAACAUGCUCAAGACCAAGAUCAAGCAUGAAUCUUUCUCGAGCGAAACGUUGGAUGUCCGUUCUGCCUCCCUUGCAUCAGAUCCAAGGAAGCUGCCUUAUUCAGGGAGUAGUUCUUUGGCACGUACUCUGAAAGAUCAUCUCUACCAAUGUCCAAGCAAGAUAUCUGAAGAAAUGGUUAGAUGCAUGGCUUCCAUAUACUGUCUUCUGCGCACGGAGUCACCAGAAAAGCCUGAAAAGGUUCGCUCACCGUUCUUGUCAAGAUCAUCAACAAGUGUCAUUCUUCCUCGGAGGGGUAACAGUGAGGAGACUAAUCCAUCAAGUAACAAAAGCAUUGUCGAAGUAUGUUCAAUCUCAGUCGAAAAGAAUCAGACGCCAGAUGUCUCCUGUGCAAUUACCCACUACAGGUUGCUUGUGGAGCAGCUUGAAAGGGUUGAUCUGAGUAUGUCAGAAACCAGCAUCAAACUGGCCUUUUGGAUCAACGUGUACAAUUCUCUUGUCAUGCAUGCAUAUCUAGCAUAUGGAAUUCCAAACAGUUCUCUGAAAAGAAUGGCUCUAUUUCACAAGGCUGCCUACAAUGUUGGUGGAUAUGCUGUGACUGCCAACUCCAUUGAACAAUCCAUGUUGUGCUGCAGAUCCCCGCGGAUUGGUCGUUGGUUUGAAUCGAUACUGUCGACGGCGAUGCGGAAGAGAUGCGCCGACGAGAAGCAGCUGAUCCAGCUCAAGUUCGGCCUGCCGGACUGCCAGCCUCAGGCCCUGUUCGCGCUGUGCACCGGUGCCUCCUCCGACCCCACGCUCAAGGUGUACACGGCGAAGAACGUGACGGAGGAGCUGGAGCGGGCGAAGCGGGAGUUCCUGCAGGCCGGCGUGGUGGUGCGCAAGUCGAGGAAGGUGUUCCUGCCGCGCCUCGUGGAGCGGUACGCCAGGGAGGCCGGCCUCCCCGCCGGCGACGGCGUCCUCGCGUGGGCGCGCGACAACUUGGACGGCCGGGCCGCGCAGGAGGCAAUCCAGCGGUGCGCCGCCGCAGCAGCAGGAGCCGGCGGCCGGCGCAGGGCGUCGCAGGCCUUCGAGUGGCUCCCGUACAACGCCAGGUUCCGCUACGCCUUCGCGAGGAGCAUGGUCGACAAGCAAGCCGCCGCGGUGCUGGCCUAGAUUGUUCUCGCCUUCGUAGCUGCUGGCUGCUGCUGCAGCUGCCGAUUACUGGUAUAUGUGUAUAUAUAUGGUUUUGGGAUUGAGAUAAUGUGAAACUCAAACUAGCAAUCAAGGCAUUUGGAAUGAAUGAUGGGGUAAAGAUGAACUUUGGAUGAAA